GAAGAUGCAGUUCGGGUGAGCAGAGAUCCCAGGCUCAGGCCAGCCAGCUGCUUUGCCUCCAGGCGCACCAUGAACCACUUCCACACCAUCCUGGCCCAGGUUCGGGCACUGCUCUCCAGCCACCAGCCGAGGCAGGUGCAAGCCCUCCUGGACAGCCUGCUGGAGGAGCAGCUCCUGUCCAGGGAGUACCACUGCGCCCUGCUCCAUGAGCCCGAUAGCGAGACUCUGGCCAGGAAGAUCUCCCUGACCCUGCUGGAGAAAGCAGACCUGGACUUGGCCUUCUUGAGCUGGGCUUGGAGCCAGUUGCAGGCCCCAAUGGUGCAGAGAGGCCCUGACUACGGGGACCAUGGUGGCAGUGGACAGUGUGUCACCAUGGAGCUGGGGCCCGUGGAAGGUGGAUACUUGGAGCUUCUUAACAGUGAUGUUGAUCCCUUGCACCACUACCACUUCUAUAACCAGAUGGACUUGGCGGGAGAGGAAGAGAUCGAGCUCUGUUCAGAACCCGACAUGGACACCAUCAACUGUGACCAGUUCAGCAGGCUGCUGUGUGACUUGGAAGGGGAUGAAGCAACUAGAGAAGCAUACGCCAACAUUGCGGAACUAGACAAGUAUGUGUUCCAGGAUGCCCAGCUGGAGGACCCAAGCAAGGACAUUUUCAUAGAGCACAUAGGACUGGAAGAGGUGACCAGUGAAAGUGUGGAGGUGCUGGAGGAAGCAGGGCAGAGAAGUCAGAAAAGAUCCUUCCCAGAGGAGCGUCCCGUGGACCUGAAGCACAGGAAACUAGCCGAGCCCUUUGCUGGGCCCAUAGUGACCGGCAGCUUCCUGGUGGGGCCAGCCAGCAACUCCUCCCCACUGUCCUGCCAGCCACCACCUUCCCUAUUCAACCAGAUGCCAGGCCCUGGCCACAUCCAGCUGGAGGAAGCUGUGCAGGUGCCUGCGGACCCCUUCACAUCCUUGGUGAGCUGCGUGACUCUCCCUGCUGGGCCCAUUCAGUUCAUCUCCACAGUCCCCACUCUGCCCCAGGGGCUCUGGCAGGUCUCAGGGCUGGGCACAGGGGCCUCCAGUAUAUUUAUCUACCACGGUGAAGUACCCCAGGCCAGCCACACUGUCCCUUCCAGUGGCCCUGCUGUCAACAGCCUCCCAAAGUCCCCAGCCCGGCCGGGCUCCACCAGCCCCUUCGCUCCCUCUGCAGCUGACUCUCCCAGCAUGCCUGAGCCGGCCCUGACCUCUCGCACAGAUGUGACAGAGGAUGAAAUAUCCCCUUCCCCAUGCCAGGCAGCUGCAGAGGACGCCAUACAGCUUCCCAAAUGGCCUGAGACGGUGAGGCAGUUCUACCACGCACUGCAGGACUGGCACCACACAGAGCCCACAGGCCCGGAGGCCAUAAUGGUGGAGGUGGACCUGCUGAAAGCCCGGCUGGAGAAGGGCAGCCACAAGAGCCAGGAGAGGGAGCUUGCCAUCGCAGACUGGUCUGAGCGGCAGCUGGCCAGUGGGGGUCUGGCUGAAGUGCUGCUGGCUGCCAGGGACCGCCAACGACCACGAGAGACCCAAGUGAUUGCCAUGCUGGGCAAGGCCGGGCAGGGGAAGAGCCACUGGGCGCGGGCAGUGGGCCGGGCCUGGGCCUGUGGCCAGCUUCCACAGUAUGACUUUGUCUUCUACGUGCCCUGUUACUGCUUGGACCACCCAGGGGAUACCUACCGCCUACAGGAUCUGCUCUGCUCCCCGGGCCCUCAGCCACCAGCCAUGGAUGACCAAAUUUUCAGUCACAUAUCCAGGAGGCCCGACCGCGUCCUGCUCAUCCUGGAUGCCUUUGAGGAACUGGAAGCUCAGGACAGCUUCCUGCAUGGUGCUGGUGGGCCAGCACACACAGAGCCCUGCUCCCUCCGGGGGCUGCUGGCCGGGAUCCUUCAGCGCAGGCUAAUGCGAGGCUGCACGCUGCUCCUCACAGCCCAGCCCCGGGGCCGCCUGGCCCAGGUCCUGGGCAAGGCUGAUGCCCUGUUCGAAGUGGCUGGUUUCUCCGCUGAACAGGCCCAGACAUAUGUAAGGCGCUACUUCAAGGGCUCAGAGCACCAAGAGCGAGCUCUAACGCUUCUUCAGGCCCAGCCAUUUCUCCUCAGUCACAGCCACAACCCCACUCUGUGCCGGGCAGUGUGCCAGCUCUUGGAGACCCUGCUGCGGCAAGGGGAGGAGGCUAAGCUUCCCUCCACACUCACAGGACUCUAUGUUGGCCUGCUAGGCCCGGUGACCCGGGACAGCCCCCCAGGUGCCCUGAUAGGACUGGCCAAGCUGGCCUGGGAGCUGGGUCGCAGACACCAAAGUACCCUGCGGGAGAGCCAGUUCCCAUCAGAGCGGGUGAGGACCUGGGCUGUGGCCAAAGGCUUGGUGCAACCUGUAGCGCAACAGGUGCCAGGGGCUGCCGAGGCCGAGCUGGCCUUCUCCAGUUUCCUCCUGCAGUGCUUCCUGGGGGCCCUGUGGCUGGCUCUGAGCAACGAAAUCAAGGACAAGGAGCUGCCACAGUUUUUAGCACUGACCCCAAGGAAAAAGAGGCCUUAUGACAACUGGAUGGAGGGGGUGCCACGCUUUCUGGCUGGACUGAUUUUCCAGCCGCGCGCACACUGCCUGGGAGCCCUGGUUCGAUCUGCAGCCACCACCUCGACAGACAGGAAGAAGAAGGUGCUCACCAGGUACCUGAAGCGCCUGCAGCCCAGGACGCUGCAGGCUGCGCGGCUGCUGGAGCUGCUACACUGCGCUCAUGAGGCCCACGAGGCUGGGAUCUGGAUGCAUGUGGUGCGGGAGCUGCCUGCACACCUGUCCUUCCUGGGCACACGGCUCACACCGCCUGAUGCCCAUGUGCUGGGCCAGGCCUUGCAGGCAGCUGGCCAAGACUUUUCUCUGGACCUCCGCAGCACAGGCAUUGACCCCUCGGGCCUCGGGAACCUCGUGGGACUCAGCUGCGUCACCCAUUUCAGGUGGGCGCCAGCCCGGUCACUGUGCCUGGGUCUGAGACCCUCUCUCCACAGGGCGCCCUUGAGUGACACCGUGAGGCUCUGGGAGUCCCUGCAGCAGCGCGGGGAGACCCAGCUUCUCCAGGCAGCAGAGGGGAAGUUCACCAUUGAGCCAUUUAAGGCCAAGUCCCUGAAGGACGUGGAAGACCUGGGCCACCUUGUGCAGACCCAGAGGUUGAGAAGUUCCUCCGAAGACACAGACCGGGAGCUCCCCGCUGUCCGAGACCUGAAGAAGCUGGAGUUUGCGCUGGGCCCCAUGUUGGGCCCCCAAGCUUUCCCCAAACUGGCAAGGAUCCUGCCAGCCUUUUCCUCCCUUCAGCACCUGGACCUGGACUCGCUGAGCGAGAACAAGAUUGGGGACACAGGCGUCUCGCAGCUCUCGGCCACCUUCCCUCAGCUGAAGGCACUGGAGACACUCAACCUGUCCCAGAACAGCAUCACAGACGCGGGAGCCUGCAAGCUUGCUGAGGCCCUGCCCUCGCUCUCCGCGUCCCUUCUCAGGCUCAGCCUGUACAACAACUGCAUCGGUGACGUGGGCGCUGAGAGCCUGGCACGUGCGCUUCCUGAGAUGGGGUCCCUGCGGGUGAUGGAUGUCCAGUACAACAAGUUCACGGCCAUGGGCGCCCAACAGUUGGCUGCCAGCCUGCGGAAGUGCCCUCGCAUGGAGACCCUGGCGAUGUGGACACCCACCAUCCCGUUUGGUGUCCAGGAACACCUACAUCAGCUGGACUCCCGGAUCAGCCUACGAUGACCCUGCUGUGCCCUGAAUAAGGUGACUAGCAAUACUCUGAGGACACUGAGCACGCUGGACCUGUGGACAGAGUUCAUCUCACAGCUGCAAGGCUCCUUCAGGCAUGGAUAGACAAUAGUCUUUUCCAGCUGGUGAGCGCCAAAGACCGAUGUGGCCCACUCCGGAGGCCUGAGGUGCUCCGUGUUUAUUCCUAGACAGCCAUGGCCAGGCCAGCAUGAGGGACUGAGGCCGCUGUGUGUCUGCCUGCUUGGUCCCUGGUCAGCCUGGCGAGAGGGCCCUUCUCCUUGGCAGGGCCAGCUUGGUGCUCUGAAGAUGCCCAUGGACAACCCCGUCUGCUGACCUUCCAAACUGACAGGGGUUCUGUGGCAGCUGCUAUCUGUCUGUGGCACUUACUGUUCGCACUAACUUUUGGCCAAGGUCAUAGCUGGGCCUGGCCCGAAUUCUGGAUCUUAGCCAGGACCGGUGAAUGGUUACACUAAGGGCUGAGGGGUGAGGAGACACCUGGGACCCUGCCCUACGCCCACCCUGGGCCUUUGCCUCUCCUGUCUUCCUUCACUACAUUUUAAACGUCACAGUCUCACGGGAAGGGCUGGGGUUGGCGUUUUACCAUGACUUCUGCUUUGAGGACCUACUGUUCUGGUUAUCCAGUGCAUAACAAGCCACGCCGAGGCACAGCGGCUUGAAGCAACACAGACACCCAUCGGCACACACUCCUGUCGUGGGGGCAGGGUUCAGCAAGGACGGCUCCCAUGUCCUCCAUGUUACCUAGGGCAGCUUGAAGGCCAGCUGGGCCAGGAGAUUGGAAGGUUCCUGCACCUGCGUGUCUGUAACCUGAUGCUGGCCACUGGCUGGGGCCUCAGGGGCUCUAAGGAACAGCUGGCUGGAGAUCUCUCCAUGGGAUGAAUUUGGGUUUCCUCAUAGCAUGGUGCAGGAUUGCAGGAUGAUCAGUCAGAGAGGCAGACAAUCAGGUAGACACAGAGAAGAGAGGAAGAGGGAAGAGACCACAAGGGACAGUUAGUGACCUCUUUAUAGCCUAGCCUCACACAUCACACAGAAUUGUCUGUGCCGUGUUCUAUUGGCCAGUGUGACAGGGGCUACUUCCUCUUACUCCCUCCACUGUGUGCACAUGCAAGUGAACACACACACGCGCGCACACACACACACACACACACACACACACACAGAGUCCCCGCUGGGCCAAGUCCUGUUUUUUCUGAAAUGAUCUUGUUUGUGGUGUCCUGAGACUUGGGGGAAAUUCGUUCUUUGGCAGUCGGCAAGGCUGAAGCUGUACAGAGGGGAAUGUUCUCCUCAGCCUUCUGCUCACCGCUCUGUGCUGGGAGCCACUUCUUAGCCAAGUUGGAGCCCUGCCGUGACUGCGGGACUGGAGAGGGCCCUGGCGGCUCUCCUUUCCACCCAGAGAGCUGCCUGCACAGCUGCUGUUUUUCACUUAGGACUGUCUCGCUGGUCAGAAGCCCGAUCCAUGGAUUGAUGGGGACAAUUGCUCCCUGCCGGCGGCAGCGGGAGUCAACUAUUCAGCUCCAGCUCGUAGCCCUAAGGCCCAUAGGUCCUCUCCCCGGAAGUGGAAGUUGGGGUCAAGAGGGUCGAGGGGUCGGCCUGGGCCCCGCAGAGGUAGAGCCUUCUCCACUGGCCAGGGAAAAGGGCUUCCUGUGCUGUCACACAGGCUCGGAUGGUAAAUAGCUGAGGCAUCACUGUUCAGGGGCUCCUAAAUUUGCAGACAAGGUGGAUUCCAUGGAAUCCCCAAUUUGUGGGCGUGAGCACCAAGUGACUGUGACACUGUCACCUACUGCACCUGUCAGCCAGGUGGGCACAUCCGAACCCUCUGCUUUUGGUCUGUUGGAGACGUUAAAGUGAGGUCAGAGGCUUUAGUUAUUCAUAACGAUUUUUGAGUGGUGGCUACCACUUACUUUAUGAGUCAGUUCAUGUUGCACUUAUCACAGUGCAAAGGACAUAUUACAUGCUCAGGAAAGGUUAACAAUUAUGGUUACGAUGUGCCAGGCACCAUGCUGAGCCCCUCCUACCACUGGACUUCAAUGCAGCUCAUCACUCACAUAUGCAAGAGAGGCUCCUUUGUGCCUCAGCAUCCUGAUCUGUAACCUGGGCACAAUCACAGGACCUUCCUCACAGGGUUAUGCGAUGACUCUGUGGGUGAAUACACUGAGAGAGCCUGGCACACAGCUGAAUAUGUGUUAGCUGUCACCAUUGCAUACCUCUGAUUGUUUCAUUCUUGCCUGUGCCCAGAAUAUCCUUCCCACCUCUUCAUAAGGCUGACUUCUCAUGCUUCAGGAAUUGCUUCAAGGAAACUGACCACACAACAGAACGCUCCCUGGCUGCCCACUCUCCCACCCCACUGCAAUUCAUUGUCUGCUCUUUUCCUAGGCUGUGAACUCCAGCAGGGCAGGGACCUGACUCCUUUGUUCACUGCUGGCCUCUGCACCCAACAAGGUGCCUGUGUACAGUAGGUGAUUAAUAAAUGUAGCAUGGGUGAAUAAUCCCCCGCCAA